CAAUAUCUUGUAUGUUAUUCAAUAUUAGCACUGCCUGUAAGAUGAAUCCCACAUAUACGUCAGCGCUCGAACGCACCUCCCCAUUGGGAGCCUUCGCCCUCCCACUGUCGCUGUUUGAAUAGCGACACGCGGUUUGUCUUCCCCAAUCUACCGUUUCUCUCCUACGAGACCGAGAGCGACGUAAAAGUUUCUGAAAGACGCAAGAUGAUGGAAGGACUACGCGGAACCAAAAGGGGGAAAAAAAAGCAUCCCACGACGUGUCCCCUCUCCCACCUUGCAACUUCGUGCAACGUGAACUUCCUGACUGCGGGCCUGCUGUGGAAGGACGAUAUGCAAAAUCUGUAGAACCAUCAGCAUUCUCCCAACAAGUCAUGUUUAAGUCAUGCGCAGGAACCCUUUUGUGGCGGAAGGCUGCUGCGGGAAAGGCUCCCGCAACGCCCUUCAGGAGCUCUACAGCCCCUCCCAGCCCGAGCUGUCGGGAGCGGCCCUCCUCCACCAGACCCGACGGGACCAGGUGGCGGACGCCUGUCGGGUGUACAGCACGUCAAGCCGUAAGCGACGGGUCCUCACGCCCGGGGACCUCAAACACCUGGUGGUGGACGAGGACCACGAGCUCAUCUACUGCUACGUCCCCAAGGUGGCCUGUACCAACUGGAAGCGCGUCAUGAUGGUGCUGACGGGCCGAGGAAAAUACAGCGACCCGAUGGAAAUCCCGUCCAACGAAGCCCACAUCCCGUCCAACCUGAAGACCUUGAACCAGUACAGCAUCGCCGAGAUCAACCAUCGCCUGAAGAACUACCUGAAGUUCCUGUUCGUCCGCGAGCCCUUCGAGCGGCUGGUGUCGGCCUACCGCAACAAGUUCACCCUCAAGUACAACUCGUCCUUCCACAAGCGCUUCGGCACGCGCAUCGUGCGGCGCUACCGCAAGAACGCCACGCAGGACGCCCUAGCCAACGGCGCCGACGUCAAGUUCAAGGAGUUCGCCGAGUACCUGGCCGACCCGGCCACGCAGCGCGACGGCCCGCUCAACGAACACUGGCAGACCGUCUACCAGCUGUGCCACCCGUGUCACAUCCACUACGACCUGGUGGGCAAGUACGAGACCCUGGAGGAGGACGCCAACUACGUCUUGCGGCUGGCCGGCGUCGCCGACUCCCUACGCUUCCCCAGCUACGCCAAGUCCACCCGCACCACCGACGCCAUGACGGCCCAGUUCUUCAGCAACAUCAGCACCGCGCAGCAGGUGCAGCUGUACCAGCUUUACAAGCUGGACUUCCUCAUGUUCAACUACUCCACGCCCAGCUACCUCCGGCUUGUCUAGGGAGGGGCCGAGCGAGGGUCUCUUAAGGGGGGAGUGUGCCGCCGUGUUUUUUCGACGGCGGAACGUGCACUCGUUUUGCACGCUAGAAUGUCAAAUCGGAUCAUUUGUGGAUGGCGUCGGAGUGAAGCAGGUCUUCCAGGUAGAAGGAACACGACAUGGAAGAGUCCACGUGAUGCUCCUUCUUGGAGGGUUCAAACAAGCCUCUGCCGGCACCCUCAACCCAAUUGCAUCGAAUACACGUCGCGACGGGGACGUCCCGGUUGGAAAUAGGAUGUCAAAGUCGCCAUUUUUUUUUUUUUCUUUUUAAAAGAUGUUCUACCAGUGGCCUGCUCGCUUGGCACCUCCGAGUGACACCCAACACCCUUAACACUUUGGGGCCGCCGUGCAGCGUUCGGCCCCGUGAACGCAUUGGCGGGCGUCCCUAAAAGAGCGGGCGGCGCCGCCGCCUCAGGCUUUUGAAGACACUGGAGCUCAUAAAAGCCCGCCCGCCGACUCACACAAACCUUCUUCGUGCUUAUUUACUAUUUUAUUGGCUUGGGAAGCGUUGCUGCGAGACGGCAAGAAUUAUUUAAACAGCUUUGUCGAUUGAAGUAAUAGCGUAUUUAAUUUUUUUUUUUUUUUCUUGGAUUGGAGCGUUUAGUACGAUUUUGUCCCUCGGACACACACAGCUUGAGAACAAAUGCCCGUAUCGGUUCUGUCUGAGAA